GCGCAUACGCACAGGCUGCUGGGAAGCCGCCUCUCUCCUCUGGGUCUUCCAGUUUCCCGGCGUGCUUCAGGCCCGCCAAAUGGGAGGGGGAGAAGCAAGAUGGCAGCAGCCGCGAACUCCGGCUCUAGCCUCCCGCUGUUUGACUGCCCGACCUGGGCAGGUAAACCCCCUCCUGGUUUACAUCUGGAUGUAGUCAAAGGAGACAAGCUAAUUGAGAAACUGAUCAUUGAUGAGAAGAAGUAUUACUUAUUUGGGAGAAACCCUGAUUUGUGUGACUUUACCAUUGACCACCAGUCUUGCUCUCGGGUCCACGCUGCCUUGGUCUACCAUAAGCAUCUGAAGAGAGUUUUCCUAAUAGAUCUCAACAGUAAAUGCAGACAUGGAAAGAUAUCCAGACUCUCCAGUAGGAUUUUGGCUUGCCUUGCCAUUGAUAUUGCACCUGUUUCAGCCAACCUCAUUUCUUAUCCUGGGGAAACCCCAAACAUAACUGCCACCAGGCCAGCAAUUUCUAUGUUCCUUAGACUUGGGGCUGGAGAGGUCAGACCAUAGCAAUUCCUGUCUCCUGCCUUAGCGGGCAUGCCUAUUGCUGGGUUGGAACCAUUCCUGCUGGACCCAGAAUGGAGCCAAGCCUGUCUGGCAGCAGAGAGCAAGCAGUGGUAUUUGUUAUGUGGGGUAACAGCAGGUCUGAAGAUGUGUAAGAAAUCCACUGAAGAGAUUCAAGAUUCAGUGAAGGAGUUUCCUUUUCAUUGUGACCCAUGACAAGGGAUGCAAAGUGGACCCAGUGCCAUUUCCAUUUUAAAAAGCAAAACUGAUGUGCUGGCAGGAGCUACUCUCCCUUCUACAACUCAGAACCUGACGGAGUUCAACACUGCCCACAACAAGCGGAUUUCCACUCUCACCAUUGAGGAGGGGAAUCUGGACAUUCAGAGACCAAAGAGGAAGAGGAAGAACUCACGGGUGACCUUUAGUGAGGAUGAUGAGAUCAUCAACCCAGAGGAUGUGGAUCCCUCAGUUGGUCGCUUCCGGAACAUGGUGCAGACUGCAGUGGUCCCAGUCAAGAAGAAGCGGGUGGAGGGCCCUGGCUCCCUGGGCCUGGAGGAAUCAGGGAACAGGCGCAUGCAGAACUUUGCAUUCAGUGGAGGACUCUAUGGGGGCCUGCCCCCCACGCACAGUGAAGCCGGCUCCCAGCCGCAUGGCAUCCACGGGACAGCACUCAUCGGUGGCUUGCCCAUGCCAUACCCGAACCUCGCUCCUGACGUGGACUUGACUCCCGUCGUGCCGUCAGCAGUGACCAUGAACCCUGCACCAAACCCUGCCGUCUAUAACCCUGAAGCUGUCAACGAACCCAAGAAGAAAAAAUAUGCAAAAGAGGCUUGGCCGGGCAAGAAGCCCACACCUUCCUUACUGAUUUGAUAUUUUUGGUAAUGGAGGAGGGUGGGAUUGGGUGGGAACAGGGUGGAAGGGUGAUGGGGGAGCUAAUGAAUUAGGGAGAAAAACUUUCCAUGUGUGCAGUAUCGUCUUUCAGAAUGUCUCCUGGGGUCCUAACCAUGUAAUAUUAAAACUGGGGGUGGGGUUGAAGUAUCCCAGAAAGACCUGUCUUCAGAACACUUUCAUUGAAGAGAAAUGUUUCAUACAUCCUUUUAAAUAGACUGCCCUGGCUCUUUUGCACUCUUUCCAUUAUCUCCUUUUUUCUUUUCUCCCUCUUUCUAGGAUCACUUUUUAAAAAAUUAUUUACCCCAGGGAGAGACUCCAGGCCCUCAGGUUGAAUGUAGAGCUGUGGAGGUGACAGUAGCAUUGCCAGCUUUGUGGGUUUAGCAGCCUGAUUUAUAUUUACUAUCCUGCAAGUCCCAGGUAGCAGAAGGGUUGCCACGGAUUCCAGGUUAACAAGAGGGUUUAGAAUGCUUCAGUUAAGCUAAGGUUUAAAACAACUCAGAAGUUUUCCUGGGUCGGUGGUUUUGAGGUCCAGUAGUUAGGCUUUUCUCUUUUGUCCUUUCUGUUAGAAUGAGAACAUUUUGAUUUUUCUUCAUCUGUGACCAGUGCCAUAGACACAGGUUGAUAGUUUUAAACUUACAGUAUUGUUUGAACUUUACCUGUUUUUCCUGUCAAACCUGAGUACUCUACUUGCUGAAGUUUCUCAUUUGAUUCCAGAGUACUGUCCUCUACUCUCUAAGGCAUUACUUUCCUUUUCAAGUGUGUUAUGAAGGCAAUAUAAAGGAUAUGACCAGUUAGAGCAAUUUCAAUUAAAAAGGAAAAGAUUUUACUUUGAAGUGACGGAUAUCUCGAAGAGGACAUCUUCAGAUGUUGAUUUGGAGGCUCUUUCCCCCCCUUGACUGAGAGCUCUCGUUGUCCAGAGCUCCAAGACUAGACCUGGUUAACAAACAUAGGAGACGAAGGUAGGACACAUUGAUGUGAGCUUUGUACAGAGAUUUGUACAUUUGUGUAAUAGGCCUUUUCACGCUUUAUGUGUAGCUUUUUACCUGUAACCUUUAUUACAUUGUAAAUUAAACGUAACUUUUGUCA